AUGGCGGCAGCUGGCGGCGGUCGUGGCUCCCAGCCUGGGCUGAUUUCGGCGCCGGGCACCGCCGGUGACACCUCCCUCCUCGGUAGCGCCACAGUGUGGCCCUUGAAGCGCUACGCUCGCUUCCUGCCCCCGAAGGACGGUGACGAGGAGGGGCAGAUCACCUCCUGGAAGGUGUUUGAAUCAAAUGAAGAAUCAGGUCCUCUUGUCCUUACCAUUGUGGAGUCUGGCCAUUUCUUUAUUUCCCAAGGGCGAACCGUGCUGGAAGGCUUUUCCCUGAUCGAUUCCCACAAGUGGCUGAAGAUAGUGAGGAGAGCAGAGUGCCUGCUGCUCCAGGCACAGGCCAAGAGCGAGUGCCGCAUGUUCCGCGUGCAGUUCGGAGGCAGCUGCAGGGAGGAGGUGCAGCAGCACUGCAGCAGCUGUGUCCACAAGCUCGGGCAGUUCCUGCCCGUGCAGGGGGCUGAGGAGCAGAGCCCCAGCCAGGACAGCCAGGCCAUGGACACCGAGCACGCACCAGAUGAGCCUCUCCCAGACUCCUGCACAAGCCUUGGAGAAAGAAGAUCUGUAGCACAGCUUGCACAGUGGGUGCUGCGGCAGCGGCCGGAGCUGCCCCCGGUGCUGCGGCAGCCGGCCUGGAGCGCCCGCCAGCUGGGAACCUUCAUCCGCCUGUGCCUCAUGGACCAGCACUUCCCUGCCUUCGUGGAGGACGUGGAGAAGGAGCUGCACAGGCUGGCCAAGGAAUAGGCACACCUGGCACCCCAGCUCUGCUGAUUAAAGGUUCAAUAACAAUGCCUACAGCGGUUUUUGUCGGUGUUUUAUUUUUAAAAACAGGUGAAUCCACUUUUUAUACAUCAUUGCACUUCAACAAAUACACAGAACACGAGUUCAUGCAGCUACAGUUACGCACAUCAUGAGAACCCUGGUAGGUCUAUUUCUACAAUCUUUAAAUCAUGAGAAAUUACAGUGUCAAACUAAAGAGGAAUAACUAGUUGCAUAGAAUAUCACCAUGCUGUAACAUUUCAUCAUUUAAACAAAACAAAACAAAAAAAAAAAGAAAAU